UUUUUGUAGCGAAUUGUUUGAACUUUUUUCACGAUUUUUCGAUUAUCUUUUAUUGUUUUUCUUAAAGGGAAUUGCAAUGCGUAAUGUUCAGCAACAACAAUGCUUCAAACUUUACAUAAUCAAAUAAUUGCUGUUUAAUGGCGGAGCUUUAUCGUUUGUUCUUGACUACACCCUUUGAUUUUUUCAAAAUUUUCAAACAUCAAGCUUUUCAAAAUUUGAGAAAAAUAUUCCUUUUUGAGAACCGAUUUUCUAAUUAAAAUUUAUUUUCUCCUACAUUUUUUUAGAUUUUCACAUUUAUUUAAAUGUUAUUAAAUGCAAUUGCAAUUAAUUCAGCGAAUCAAAAACAACUUUCCCCUUUGGGUAUUUUACAAAGAUUUGAAGUUCAACAAUCCUCUAAUAAAGAUAUAAAUAAUUGUAGCUGUUCAACUUCUCAACAAAUAGAAAUUAUUUCAACAGAAUUAUCAUCAAAAAUUCGUUGUCCUUAUUGUCGUUUAUCUCAAAAAAAUUUAAUUUGUGUCAAUUGUUUAUCUACACAUUUUCUUAGAAUUGGUAAAGUCAAUGAAGAAUUAAGAAGAUUACAACAAUGCAAAAAUGCAAUUUGUGGUUUAAUUAUGGAUGCUUUAAAUUGUGAAGUUAAAUUUGAAUCAGAAUAUCACCAAGUACGUAGAUCUAUUGAGGAUUUAAAAACAAAAAUUGCAUGGAAACGGGAUCAAGUUGGUCGUCUAAGGCAUCGAAUUGCUGGAAUGGAAAGCCAUAGCGAAAGAAAUCAAAGAAAUAUUGUUCUUUUAGAGAAGAAAAUGUUAGCACAUUCUGAUCGAAUCAAUAAAACUUCUUUGAAAAUAGCAGAUAUUCGUUUACUUUCAGAACAUACAAGAGCAAAGGUAAUUUAUUUUUGA